AUGAGUGUGUGUGUGUGCGUGUGCGUGUGCGUGUGCGUGCGUGCGUGCGUGCGUGUGUGUGUGUGUGUGUGUGCGCUCCAGAGUGCUGGCAGGAGCCAAGGCGGUGGGCUGAUGGUGCGGCGAUCCAAGUCAAAUUGAGUGAAGGAAGAGGAGGAGCGGAGGGAAAUGACCACGCCAGCUCUCAGAGGACCUCCGACCAAGCAAGGGUACAAGCUGAUGGGCUGCAUCUUGCAUCUUGAGCUCUGUAGCCGAAACAAACACACUUUGCACACCUUCAAUGGCAUCGAGUCUGUCCGCUGCAUGGAGCCAAGCCUGGCCCGCGCCAACAAGUGUGUCUUCUGCUGGAGACACCAUACUAACCCGAUGUGUCCCGAGUGGCGCUGGAAGAUGGACCCAGCGGAGGAGAUUCUCCAGGUGGCACUGGGCCACCCCCAGAGCAGGAUACGCCACUUCAGAGGAGUUCCAGGGGCGAGCCCGAGCAAUACGAGGAAGGCCUGGCGGGCCGAGCACUGCGCCCUCUCCCUGGUGGUCGAGCCAAUCAUGUACUCCGAAAUCAACUCCUUCCUCUGCAUCUCCAGCUUCCCUGUCACCAAUGCACAGUUCCCCAAGAAGAUCAGGAGUCUGGUUCCGGUGGUCCAGCUGUGUGUGUGCAAGGACACCAUCAUAAAGGACAGCCUGAAGAAGAUGGACCGACCCCUGUUCAGGGACUUCUGGCCGCUCUUCCUAGACAGCCCAAAGGCCCUUGGGGAGAAGAGGCAGAGGACGGUGUACAGACUAACUCUGGUGAAGGCCUGGACCUUGGAGGAACUCACCGCCUGCUCUGAACCCAUGGCCUCGGGCCAGCCAGACUUCAGGGAGGUCAAAUGUGGCGACCAGGUGCUCCCUGGAACCUGCUCCUGCAGGGCGGCCCCUUUGAUAGUCUGGCAGGAGGGCUGA